AUGGCUUCAAAACGAAUUCGAACGCUGAAGCGAACGGUUGUGUUCAAAAACAAAUACUCCGAAAAACAUUCAAAAGAGAAACUGAGAAGUCGAAAAAGAAGUAACAGUGCAAAACAAAAAGAAAAAUACAAGGAAAAGUUAUUUUUUUGUUUGGUUUCGGUGCAUCUUCGGCAAAAAACCGGUUAUUAAAUGCGCGGUGCAACUAAAACAACAAGAGUAGCCACACGUAAAACACAACAACAAACGACGACAACAACAACAAGCAGAGCAAGGCAACGUUGCACAUUUUCUUGAAAGCAGCUGAAACUGUAAAAAGAGCAGGGUGCAAGAAGAACAGGAGAAGAAAGGGAAAAGGAGGCAAAAAUCGCGAGGAGUAUUUAAAACAAAGCAGAAGAAUCGAGGAUAAACCAUAGCCAUGGCCUUUUCGAUUGUUAGCCGCGGCAUUUUGCGCACUUCGAGAGAAAUCCUGGAACGCAACAUGGCCGCAACUGUCGGCGCUCUUCAGCAGUCCGCCUCCCCGCCCCCUUCCUCAGCCCACAUCUCCAUCAACCACAGCGAUUGUCAUCGCCUGUUCCUUGCAACUGGUGGAACACACACCCACUCACUGCUGUGGCAUCAAAUGCCCACCGCGGUGGUCCAGGCCGUCCGUCAAUAUUCCAAGAAAUCCGCCGGAGCGGCCAAACUGCGUCGAGAGGUGGAGAGUGAUAGCGAUUCGGAUUCGGAUGAUGAGUUCGAGCGUCGUCGCCAGAAGAUGGAUUCCAAGCGCAGUGAACGGGGCGAUUCAGCCUUCUGGCGUCGCAAAAUGCGCACCCUGCACCGCAUCCUGGAUGUCAAUCACGAUGGCGUCGUAUCUUUCGAUGAUUUUAGUUUGCUAGCCAAACGCUUUAACGAUUUGGGCCAUCUUACGCCAGAGGUGGCGGCCGAAUUCAAUGAUGUGAUCAAACAUACGUGGGAGGAGCAGUUUGGGGAGAUAACCCCCUACAAUCUGGUGACUGCUGAGCAGUUUCUCACCGAUUUGCACCAUCGUCUCAACGACAAGAAGAUGGCCAAGCGCAUUGGUCGCUUUCUGCCCUAUUUGUUUAAGGCUGUGGACUUUGAUCACACUGGCCAUUUGGAUCUCGAACAAUACAAGCUCUUCUUCCGCUGUCUGGGACUGACCGAAGACGAUGCUGCCGUUUCAUUCGCUGUGAUAGACAAGAACGGCGAUGGCCAAUUGUCGCUCAAGGAGUUUGUACAUUUGGGCCGUCAGUUCUUCCUCACCGAGGACGACACAAAGAUAUCGAAGAUGUUCUGGGGACCGCUGGUGGCCGAUCAUUGACGUGUUGCAGUCACUGCUGUAGAUCAUCAUCAUCAACAACAACCAACAACAUCAUCACUAUCAUCACAAUAUAAUUUGAAAGAAGACAAAGAAGGAGAAUAUCAAAAAGAAGGAUGCAAAGAAAACACCAUCAAUAAUGAGCCAAUGCUAAAUACACUGAAAACGACAACGAGGCAAUGGCCCAAAGGCAACUCGUUGCCAAAACGCGUGCAGACGGCAUGCGGCAGUUGGCCCAAUCUACAGCAUGUGGCGCCGCAUAAAAAGGGUUUAAUAAUGAGCAGCCCACCCAGCACCACCCAAAACAACAGCAACAUCAUCACCAGCACGACGAUCGUUACCAGGAACAUGAGCAUUUACGAUUAUUUACGGCAACAUUUAAGUCCAGCGUUCAAGCGCCAGCGUUCAACCCAAGACACCAGCUUCACCUUGCCAGCGGCCAAGUUGCGGAGGCACAACUACAGCAACUAUCGUUGGGAGAGGGAAAGGGAAAGGCAGGAGGAACGUGAAAGAAGCGGCGGCAGCAGGACUAACAAUGCAUCCAUGGAUGACUACGAUAUAAGAUUCUUUUUCUACCUUAAUUCGCUAAUACUAUUCACCAUGUCGUGCAGUCGGCAGUAUGAGGGCGAUGACCUCAAGCACUUUAUAUGCGAAAGGAUCAGAAAGUUCGAUCGUCUGCGACGGAAGGCGCGUAAGCGACGCAAGCGUAGGUCCAAGCAGCUGCAGCUGUAAACUACGUAACUCUAUAAUGUCCCCAGCUAAACUAUAUAUAUUAAAUAAACUAUUACCUUAUUUUUUUUUGUAUUUGUGUGUCGCCUAGUUAGGAGUUAUGUUUAACUGAAAUAUUAUACAACCAAUAAACAGCAAGCAUGAUAUAACAAUAAAAA